CAGCAGUACUGCCGUGGACCAACCACCUAACGGACUGCAACAGCCAUGCCAAUCUCCCCACGGAUGCUAGCCAGAGCUGUACCAAGACCAGGCUUCCCUCCUCUCUCCCCAGAACCACAGCUGGUGCUGGGCCUCCAGCCUAUUGGGAAGCCCAGCAGGAGGGAAGAGCCAAGGUCACGUAGCAGUGAUGACCCUAUUAUCCCCAAACACGUCAUCACCAAGUGGGCAGGUUCUGUCCUCCGCCAGCCACGGAGAGUGGACUGGCCACCAGGGGGCACUCUGGCAAGAGAAUUCCCUCCAAACCCCCUUGCCCGCCCCUAGGGGUGGAGGCUAGGCUGGUCUCCUUCCUGGAAUGGGCCAGGAGGGAGGAGCGAGCGGAAGGAAGGAAGCCUGUGUGCAGCUAGCUGGCCCAUCAGCCCAGGACACAAGCUCUCCCAGUGGCCAGUUUGGACUCCCUGGAACUAGCUACAGCUGGGCAUGGCAGGAUCUGCACAGGUGCCAACUCUGGUGUACCUGGUCACAGGUGGCUGUGGCUUCCUGGGGGAGCACAUUGUUCGGAUGCUGCUGGAGCGGGAGCCCAGGCUCCGGGAGCUGCGUGUCUUUGACCUGCACCUGAGUUCCUGGCUGGAGGAGCUGAAAACAGGGCCUGUGCAGGUGACCGCCAUCCAGGGGGAUGUGACUCAGGCCCACGAGGUGGCAGCUGCCGUGGCUGGAUCUCAUGUGGUCAUCCACACAGCUGGGCUGGUGGAUGUGUUUGGGAAGGCCAGUCCAAAGACCAUCCACAAAGUGAAUGUGCUGGGCACACAGAAUGUGAUUGAGGCCUGUAUGCGGACUGGAACUCAGUUCCUGGUCUACACAAGCAGCAUGGAAGUUGUGGGGCCUAAUGUCAAGGGCCACCCCUUCUACAGGGGCGAUGAAGACACCCCGUAUGAGGCAGUCCACAGGCACCCCUACCCUUGUAGCAAAGCCCUCGCUGAGCAACUGGUCCUGGAGGCCAAUGGAAGGAAGGUCAAUGGAGGGCUACCCCUGGUGACAUGUGCCCUUCGACCCACGGGCAUCUAUGGUGAAGGUCAUCAGAUCAUGAGAGACUUCUACCACCAGGGCGUGCGCUUUGGGGGUCGGCUGUUUCGGGCCAUCCCGGCUUCUGUGGAACACGGUCGGGUCUAUGUUGGCAACGUGGCUUGGAUGCACGUGCUGGUGGCCCGAGAACUGGAGCAGCGGGCGGCGCUCAUGGGUGGCCAGGUCUACUUCUGCUAUGAUAAGUCACCGUAUAAGAGCUAUGAGGACUUCAACAUGGAGUUUCUGGGUCCCUGUGGACUUCGGCUGAUAGGCACCCACCCACUUCUGCCCUACUGGCUGCUGGUGCUCCUGGCCACCCUCAACGCCCUCCUGCAGUGGCUCCUCCGCCCACUGGUGCUGUACACACCCCUGCUGAACCCCUAUACUCUGGCCAUGGCCAACACCACCUUCACUGUCAGCACCAACAAGGCGCAGCGCCAUUUCGGCUACAAGCCCCUCUUCUCAUGGGAAGAGAGCAAGGCCCGCACCAUUCACUGGGUGCAGGCCUUGGAGGCUUCGGCCAGGUGAUGUGGCCAGGGCCUGGAGGCCGCUGUGGUACAUACUCAAGAUCCUGAGCCUUCAGAACUGGAUGGGUGAUGUGGACCCUGCCACAUUUUAACUAUACAGAUCUUGAGCCUGGGUGGUAUCCCAGCCUCCAAGUUCUAGGACAGGGUUUGGGGACAGGCCUAUCUUUGGUCCCAACUGAGGCCUGCCAGCUGGUUGGCAAAACUGAUUCCUAAUGGUCCCAGUACCCCUUCCCAUUUCCGGUUUCUCAAGCUGGAAGGGGCAAAGAUCCCAGAGACCUGCUGGUCUGCUUACUCCGGGUGUCUUCAGGCCUGCCUUCUGCCACAUCUGGCUCUCUUUAAGAGGUUAUAGGUCCAUCAUUUUCUUAAGUGUAUUUCUUUUAGACAUUUAUCUUGUAAUUUGCUUUAAAGAAAACUGAAGAAAUCAAUGAUUUUCCAUGUCUUGCCUCUCCAACCAAAUUCAGCUCCUGUGAUAUUGUUAGCUUUCUGCCAAGGAGGCCAACCAUACUGUGUGGCCAAGCCUGGAUUAAAAAGCCUUUUCCAA